AUGUGCUCCCGUGGAGACAGAGGCUGCCACAACACCGAGAGCUCCUGCCACAGCGGAGGUUCCUCCUGCCACGACCGCGAGAGGUCUUGCCACGGCUCCGAGGAGGUCGUCUGCCACGAAGUGAGCGCCGUGCAGGAUGUGACACCCGUCGUGGUCCUCCCUCCCCAGGGCCCUGUGGUCACCGUGCCCGGGCAGGUCCCGGUGGCUCCUGCUCCCUGCCUGGAGCAACAACAGAUCAAGCAGCCGGUGCAGUGGCCCCCGCAGCAGCAGAAGUGAAGGGACAAGGAGUUUCGAUGGGGGCUGCACUUCUCCCCUCUCCCCGUGCAAGAUGCAGCCCUGAGCUUGGGCAGGUCCUGCCCCUUCCCUCCAGCACGUAUUACCUCUCCCCACUCCUGAUAAGGCAAAGUGGCAUUAGCAU